UUUUUUAAGCGGACCCGAUACAUAAAAACUGUCCCAUUUAGUGGUAGGUUUAUAUUCAAACAGAAUACAUGUAUUUGUGUGUAGUACUGCAAAUUCUGUGAUACAUUUUGCGAGAUUUAUAAUACGACGAUGGCAACUUUGUGGAUUUGGGGAAGUGUUUUGAUGUGCAUGCUCUUUGGUCCAGUCGUGUGUCGAGAUUUACGAAUAGGAGCUUUCAACAUUCAAAUUUUUGGUUCUACAAAGGCAGCGAGAACAGACGUAAUGACAAUACUCGUAAAGAUAAUUCGUAGAUACGAUUUGCUCCUGAUCCAAGAAAUACGCGACAAGUCAGAGGGGGCCAUUACGCAAUUGCUGAACGAUGUGAACCUAGGCCAACCAUCCGAACUGCAAUUUUCAAUGCUUAUUAGCGACAGACUUGGUCGGUCCAAUAUCAAGGAGCAGUACGCGUAUUUCUACAGGCCCGGUCAAGGUUUAAAACCACUGAACUGGUAUGUUUUCGAUGACGGAGAAGAGACCGAUGCUAAAACGGAUCUGUUCGAGCGCGAGCCGUACAUUGCGACAUUUCGGUCUAGCAACACGCUUCUCAAAAAGUUCACCCUUGUUGGUAUCCAUAUUGAUCCUGACGUGGCCAUACAUGAGCUGAACCUGUUGCAUUCGAGGGUGCUUCCGAAGUUUACCGGAAGUGACGUAAUGGUGCUGGGAGACCUGAAUGCGGGUUGCGGGUACAUAGGCGUUACUAAAUGGGCGGAAGUGCGAAUGAAAAGUGACCCCAAAUAUGCUUGGCUUAUCGGAGACGACGCCGAUACGACAGUUGCGAACAGUAACUGUGCCUAUGACAGGUUUAUUGUAAGCGGUAAGGGUUGGAACGACGGAAUCGUACCAGAAAGUGUUGAGGUCUACAGAUACGACGCUGAUAACGGCUACAUAGGGAGAAUUAAAAAAGAAUUGGCUGCAGACGUAAGCGAUCAUUAUCCGAUUGAACUCCUUCUUCAAGCUGGAUCUUGUGAAUCGGGCACAUGUACAAGGUCAAUUCAGUACGUACUAGAUGACGUCACGGUGGAAUUGACGGCAGCUUCAGUGGUGUUGUCUAAAGAGGAGUUGUACGAGAUAGAAGGAAUUGACGCGUACGAUUCUUCGGGGAUUAUCGUCGCGCAUGUCAGAGUAAGGGACGGAAACAAGUCAGACGCUGUGCUUCGUAACGUCAUUCUGAACAUCCAGAAAGUGGGCAGACUGGACGGUACUCCCGUUUCCAUGACGAUACAGCCAUCCAAGCGGAAGUACGGAAGGUCUCAAGGUUGCGUUCUGACAAUCAAAAUACCCGACCAGAAUGAGCUGAAGGCGUUUGUCGAAAAAGAAUUGAGUAAGACGAACAAGAAUUAUUCACUAGUCUGAUGUGUAGAUACCAAAUGACUUAUUCUCCAAUGGCAGCAAUAUUCAGCCCAAUCGUGAUACAUCGGCUGACUCCGGACUCCUCCGUAAGAUUUGAGCAAUAAAUCGCCUGCUGAUCCAGAGACAGAGUGUAUUCAGCGCUGUCAAAUUUAUACACAUGUUAUUUUAUACUAGUGCAUAUACCAUGUAACUAUAUAGCUGUUAACUUGAAUAAUAAAUUCUAACUACAUGUAUUAUCACUUCAAAUUUUG